UCGUGACUUUCUAAUUGCGAAAACGCCGACCUCUGCAUCUCAAGAGCAUCAUUCAGUCAGCACGCACCAACUCAUGUCGUUUCUUAUUCCAGUUUUUGUCGGUUGCCUGGCAGUUUAUCUUGCCUGGAGACUGAUUCCACGAUCAAACGUUGAAAUCAAAGACAAAUAUGUUCUUAUUACGGGCUGUGACUCCGGCUUCGGCCGCAAAACAGCAAUUAGACUGGACGAGAUGGGAGUUCGCGUGAUUGCAACUUGUUUAACGAAGGAAGGCGAACAAAACUUAAAAUCUGUGACGAGCGACAGACUGAAAACAUUCCAGAUGGAUGUUACAAACUCCCAGCAUAUUAGAGAUGUAUUCGAUGAGGUGGAAAGGCGGAUUCCAGAUGAAACAGGACUGUGGGGCCUGGUGAAUAACGCUGGGAUUCAUAUCCAAUCACCAAUUGAUUGGCAACCGCUGGACAAUUUUAAACGCAUUGCAGACGUUAAUCUAUGGGGAAUGAUUGACGUCACUAAAACAUUUUUACCUUUAGUGAAGAAGGCCCGAGGACGAGUUGUGACCUUUUCAAGUACUGCAGGUCGAAUAGCGUUCAGCUGUAUCGCUCCUUACGCUGUAACCAAAUAUGGCGUUGAAGCGUUUUCUGAUGCUCUUAGACGAGAAAUGUAUUCUUGGGGAAUAAAGGUCAGUAUCAUGGAGCCGGGCUGUUUUCAGACAGGAAUGACUCAGCCUGCCGCGAUUGAGAGACAGCUGCGACAAUGUUGGAAUAACCUGAGUGAUGAACUGAAAAAGGAAUACGGAGAAGAAUACUUGGAAAAAAGUAUUGCUCUCAGUACUUUGGUCUCUCCUUCUGGUCGUACCGGUGACGUUGUUGAUGCCGUCGUGGACGCUUUGACGUCACAGACACCACGUGAUCGCUAUUUGAUUGGUUUUGAUGCCAAAUUCAUUUUUGCCUGGCUAGCGCUGUUUCCAACCUCUAUGGCAGACUUCAUACUUAAGCGCAUGGUUCCUCAGGACUUGGUGCCGCUGGGGAGCAAAUGAUGCUGUAGCCAACCUGACUGGUUUGGCUAGCGCGACCACCAGCUGUGCAAGGCAUGUACGCACCUGCGCUAAAAGGACAUUGUUCCUCAAGUUCGCUAUUAGUACCUUAUGUUACUAUACAGUGCCUGUAGUUCUCUAAUGGUCUUACUUUUAUUAUUAUAUUAAAAUGUAUAUUAAUUUGAUA